AUGUCGCUCCACAAACUGGACUUUGUGUUUCUGGUGAAAGCCAACACCCCCAAAAAAUCUCUCUCGACGCUUAUGUCUGCGUUGCUGACCGCAGGCUUCAACUUCCAGGCCAGACCCGGUUCUGCCCACUCCACGUUGUUGUUUGUGCAGCUUUCCGCAGCCUCAUACACAGAAUUGGUGCAGCAGGACCUCGUGAAAUGUUUUGAGUUCGGUGUCACCGUGAAAGACGACGCGCCGGCAGACAGAACGCAGCUCGUGUACCACUACUUGACAGGAAGCAAGCAAGUGAGUGGGAUGGGGAUCACGCCCGGUAGGGGCGAGUGGGCCUUUGUAGAUGCGAUCAUGCCCGUUUCGGGCUACUUGUCCGAUGCGUCGCUCGGCGCGCGCACGCAGAAGAGCUUGGCCUCUGCUUCGUUGCAGACGUCGACGUUCAGGAAGGUGUACGGCACGGGGAUCGCUAUGUAUUUCGAAUUUCUCAAGCACUACGUAGGUUAUUUGGUGCUUCUUUCCGUUUUCGGCGCGGUGGCCUACAGCAAGUCGAAGAACUACUCCAUGACAUACACGUUCGUGAACUUGGUGGGCAGCGUGGUGUUCAUCUUGACGUGGAAACGCCGCGAGCGCUACUUGGCCAGCGUGUGGGGCGUGCAGAACAGCCACAAGCUCGAGCAGCACGACGCCGAGGUCUCCAGCUUGAACAAGGACUUCGAGUUGAAGUCCACAUACAAACAUGGCAAGAGACAUGAUGGUGCGCGCUUCAUGAAACAGUGGGCGUUUGUGCCGGUGGCGCUUGUCUUUGUGACGGUGUUGUUUGCCGUUCAGAUGCUCUGCUUCACCGUUGAAAUCUUCACCGCAGAGAUCUACGAUGGUCCGCUUCAGUCCCUCUUGAAGUUAAUUCCAACGGUCGCACUUGCCGUGUUCGUUCCCGUUUUAACCAUCGUGUACAAGAUGACCGUCAACAAGUAUGUGGCAUGGGAAUGCCACGACAACAAGUACUCGCAGUACGACUCGUUUCUUGCCAAGACGUUCAUCUUGAACUUUUUGACGGGCUACGUGCCUCUCUUGGUGACAUCUUUCGUGUACUUGCCCUUCGCCCAUCUCAUCCAGGACUACUUGCCUGAAAUUAAGGCCACCCUCACCACUAAAAUCCCCGAAAGCAAGUUUAUGCUUCAUUACUUGGCCAAGGUGAAACGUCAGGAGGACUUCAUCAUCAACCAAGAUAGACUUAACAGCCAAUUUUUCUUUUUCAUGGUCACCAAUCAAGUCAUAGCUUUGGUAUUGAAGUAUGCGUUGCCCCUCAUCUUGCCUAGAGUGAUCAACUUUGUGAAGACAAAGGUUCUUAAAAAGGAGCCAGAGGCUCCUAUUUAUUACUCUUCAGAGGAAGACAAAUGGUUGGAUACCGUGCGCAAGUCAAUCGCUUUGCCCGAGUUCAACUUGCAUGACGAUUUUGGCUCAUUGGCGUUACAGUUUGGCUAUCUCGCGAUGUUUGGCCCAGUGUGGACUUUGGCCCCUGCCGUAUGCUUGAUUUUCAAUGUUAUUAUUUUUAAGCUCGAUACCUGGAAAUUGGCUAGUGGAAAGUAUUACCGUCCACCUGUACCUUCGAGACGCGACCUGAUUCAUCCAUGGGACCAAGCAUUCCUCAUCUUGGCUUGGUUGGGGUCUGUGAUCUCACCAGUUGUCACCUCUUUCUACAGAAACGGCACCAAACCUCCUAAAACUUUGGGUCAAUUUGCUUUCGACAAAGCUAGCAUCAACGUAUCCUCUUCAGUUUUGUUGAUGUUGACUCUCUUCUUCUCUGAGCAUCUUUUCUUUGGUCUUUACAUUAUCGGCUCAAAGGCAUCAAGACUUAUUCUCACCAAGGAGGAGGAGCUCACGAAUUUCCUCGAUAAUGACUUGAGGGUAAGAAAGGACUACUACAGCAAUUUGGUGCAAUUGAAGGCUGACGUCAGUGACUCGUCAGAGUGGAAGUCACAAACCGAACAAGAGGCAAUGCAGACUGCACAAGCCGCUUCACUGACUGGUAUUUCCAGCAAGGGCGAAGAACAGGCAAAUUUGAGAGCUAGAAAGGGCAAAGGCGACAAAAUUAUCAACGUCAAGGACGCCGAAGGCCACACGACUGAAGCCAUUAUUGAUGACAACCAACAUAUUCCAAUGGAGGAUGUUAAAGAACUAGAGGCUAAGUUAGCACAAAAUGCCAAGAAGUCCAAGAAGGCUUAA